AUGAAGGAUGUUAGUCUUUGGACAAUUUCCAAAGUUGUUUUAAAUCACUCACAUCCUUGUUGUCCAGACCAGGCUGAGAUGCUCAAACAACAUAGGGAGCUUAGCAUGUUCGUGCGUCGCACCAUUGAAACCCACGAGGAAGCUGGAAUCAGACCGAGCAAAACUUACCAAUCAUUUGUGGCAGCAGCUGGCAGCCACUGUGAACUAGGUUUUAUAGAAAAAGACGUAAGGAAUUACAUCACAAGGAAAGUACGGAAUAUUUUCGAAGAAGACGACGCCAAAAAAUUUGGGAAGUACCUAGUUAGAAUGAAAGAGAAAAACCAAAAUUUCUUCUUUGAGCUCAACCUUGAAGGUGAUCACUGCAUUAAACAUGUAUUCUGGGCUGAUGCAAGAAGCAGGGCUACAUUUGAUUAUUUUGGAGACGUGGUUUCAUUUGACACCACCUAUAAUACAAAUAGGUACAAUUUGGUUUUAGGUUCUUUUGUUGGUGUGAAUCACCACGGGCAGUCGACACUUCUUGGAUGUGCGCUGAUGAAAAAUGAGGACAUUCAAUCAUUCAAAUGGCUAUUUGAGUGUUGGCUACGUUGCAUGGGAGGGAAGGCACCAAAAGGUAUUCUUACCGAUCAAUGCACAUCGAUUAAAAGGGCAAUUGAGCUAUGCAUGCCAACAACAAUUCACCGCUGGUGUAUCUGGCAUAUCAUGAAGAAGAUCCCAAGCAAACUAAAUAGCUACAAAGGACACAUUGAUAUUGAACAAGAGAUGAGCCGUGUUGUUUGGAACUCGUACACAAAAGAUGAAUUUGACAAAAACUGGAAUGAUUUCCUCACAAAGUAUGGGCUCGGAGGCAACAAGUGGCUUUCAGGUUUCACAACAUAUGAAGACAUAGAGCAGGUUUCCAACUCCAUAUUCAACAAGUUUGUCAUCACCUAUAACGCAGUAUCACGAGAUGUAAAGUGCCAUUGCUUGCUGUUUGAGUCUAGGGGCAUAUUGUGCUGCCAUUCCCUAUGCGUUUUAAGCUUUGAGCGAGUGGAUAACGUGGCACCAAAAUACAUAUUGGAACGCUGGAGCAAGAACAUAAAGAGGAGGCAUACAUACAUCAAGAGCAGUCAAGAUGAACCUAUACUGGAGCCAAGAAGUAAGAGAUUUGACAAAUUGGUAUUUCGGUCACACAAUAUAUGUGAAUUUGCAUCCGAGUAUGAAGAGUUGAUCGGAAUUUUGCAUCGAGCAUUUGACAAGGUCAUGGCGGAGAUGGAAGAAUAUCAAGAGAGAAGCAAAGGAGAUUAG